CGGAAGGGUUGAUGGAAAUAUCAGAUCACCGGUCUGACGACAACGUCGCCGGCGCCGAUUGAAGAAUGGGAGAGAAGAAGAAAAGUGCAACACUGUUCAUAAGAUUGGUUUCAGGAACUGGUUUCUUCUAUGUGAAGAAGAGUAGUACAAGGAGGGUACAGACCAAGCUAGAAUUCCGGAAGUACGAUCCGCGUGUUAAUCGCCAUGUUCUCUUCACCGAGGCCAAGAUGAAAUGAUUGGAUGCUUGUUUCUGGUGGUAGUCAUUUCGACCCAAGCAUUUGUUUGCUAUGGUAUUUCUUGAAAUUCCCGGAAACAACCUUUCUGUCUCUUGAAACAUCAAGAAAAAGAUUAUCACUAUAACCCUCUA